CAAUACUUUGCUGAUCAUGACCUCCGUGAUCUCAUCUCAAAAGACGUUGGAAGAACAUUCCCAGAACUUGAGUUUUUCCAACAGGAGCACAUACGUCGUAUGAUGUGCGAUAUCCUUUUGAUAUACGCAAAAGAGAACUCAUAUGUAUCGUAUAAGCAGUGCGUCUUCUUUCACAUGAAUUCGCUAAAUAUGUGCUUUUUUGAACAUCACUUGGUAAAUUUCAGUGGAAUGUUCUGCGAAGUAAUGUUGGAAGUUGCAAAAUGGUAUGAAGACAAUUCAUCCUCCCCGAAACCUUCCGUGAACGAAUCUGGGCCAUUCAUGCGAGUCCAAGAUGCAACUCCCACAAGUCAUAUCAUGCGUGAACUAGUCGUGAUUGGUGAAAGACUGCAUUCUGUUGAUCCCAUUUUGGCCGACCACCUCAGUCAUCUUGACAUUCCACCACAGCUCUAUGGAAUAAGAUGGCUGCGAUUGCUGUUUGGCCGCGAGUUCUCUAUACAUGAUCUCCUCUAUGUCUGGGACGUUCUUUUAUGCGAUCGCCCCAUGGAAAGAAUGGUUGAAUGCAUUUUUAUUGCUAUGCUGAUACAGAUUCGACAUCUUUUGUUGCAAUCGGAUUACGGUGGAUGUUUGCAAUAUCUGAUGCGUUAUCCUCCAGUCGUAGAUGUUACCACUUUUAUACAACAGGCUCUGCAUUUUAGAAACCCGAAGAAGUACGCACGUCCUACUUCUCUGGGAGCUUUGAACAACUUUUCUCACAUGACAGUAACCGGUGCUGACCACCCUAAUCGAGGCCGUCAGGGCCCUCCAACUACCAAUAACCUAGAGAGUCCGUUGGAAGAGACAGCAACUGGCUUACGCAACUUAACAUCAUCAAUGCUAUCGAAGGUCAAAAAUACUGUUUUGGAGAAGCCACGUGAGUACGAACCAUUUUAG